AUGUUGCAGAUCAUUCAAAAUGUCGGGCAGUUUAGGGGUCUACAAGGUGAAGACCCACAUGCCCAUCUGACCAACUUUGUCGAGAUGUGUGGCAAUUUUUCCUUACCUAGUGUGACCCCAGAAAAUAUAAGAUUGUAUCUGUUCCCUUACACCUUGAGGGACGAGACUAAGAGGUGGGCUUACUCACUGAAGCCAAAUGAGAUGACUUCAUGGGAGCAAUUGGUGGAGCGAGCAACGCAGGCUAUUGUUGAUGCCUCCACGGCAGGAGGUUUUAUGGAUAAGACAUACACCGAGGCCAAAGCCAUCCUCAACCGCAUCUCGUGGAAUAUGGAUGAUUGGAUCGACGAUGGUUAUGGACGCUGA